AUGACUAUUCCUUUAACUGGUUCUAAUACAACCACUAUUUUGGAUCUAAAGGCUCAUUUACACAAGGUCUUCAGCAUCAAAAACUUGGGGCAAUUACAUUUCUUCCUUUGCAUUGAAGUUUGUUAUAUCAAUCAGGGGAUUGUCCUGUCUCAAAGAAAGUUCACCAAGGAACUUUUGCAAGAUUGCAAUUUGGAUUUGUCUAAGCAAGCUAAGACACCUCUCCCUCCAAAUUUCAAGCUGUUCACUAAUGUUGGUGAUUUCUAUCUUGAUCCCUUAUUUUACAGAUGUUUGGUUGGGAAACUCAAUUUCCUUACAAACACUAGAUCUAAUUUGUCCUUUGCUGUGCAAACUCUUAGUCAAUUCUUACAGCAGCCUCGGGUUCCUCAUUUUCAAGCUCUUCAUCAUGUAUUAAGAUAUGUUGCUGGUACAAUAGGACAAGGCAUCUUGUUGUAUGCUACAGAUCAGUUAACCUUACAGGGUUAUUCUGAUUCAGAUUGGGCUUCCUGUCCCAAUUCUAGAAGAUCAGUAACUGGCUAUGUUAUGCUGCUUGGGAAUUCCCCAAUUUCUUGGAAAUCUAAAAAACAAGGCACUGUUUCUAAGUCUUCUUCUGAGGCUGAGUAUAGAGCAAUGGCAGCAGCUUCUUCUGAGAUUACAUGGCUAGUAAGGUUGUUGCAGGAACUUGGUGUGUUAAACUUAAAGCUUGUAAAGCUUAACUGUGAUGAUCAAGUUGCGAUUCAUAUUGGGAAGAAUCCAGUCUUCCAUGAACGCACCAAACAUAUUGAGCUGGGCUGUCAUUUCACUAGGGACAAAGUCUUGGAAGGGUUGAUUCAACUCAGUUUUGUGCCAAGUACCAAUCAGUUAGAUGAUAUUUUUACUAAAUCUCUUUGCUCUCCCCAGCAUUUUGAUCUUUGUUCUAAGCUAGGUCUGAUUGAUACUCAAUCAUCCUCUAGCUUGAGGGGGGGUAUUGGGGAUUGUCCUGCUUCCAGCUCUGCUUUCAGCACAACUCAGCAGAACAGUCAACAACUUACAGCUUAG